AGGAUGGCACCACAAAUUAGUAGAUGUGGUCCAUUUGUUUAAAAAUGAUUAUAUCACUAAUCAUCGAUUUUACACAAAUCCUCUAAGCAACUAGUACAGUAGUUAGCAAAAUGACGCAACAAUUGACCUCAAAAUUCCUCACCAAAUUUUAUUGUUUAUUUCUAAAUUUUAUUUUUUACUUUCCCAACAAUUUUAUCUAUUUAUUUACAUCUUCUAUCUCAAUCAAAUAAAACGUAAAAAAUGUGAUUUAAAGAAAAGUAGAAAUUAGUUCCCAAAAUCAUAAUAUUAGCAUCCGUGUAGGAAUUUGUUGUGUCUUCUUCUCUUCAACAUGGAGUAUUUGGUUUGUCUCAGUUCCCGAGGACAAUAAUCCUCCUCCUACUGCUAAACCAUUUGCAUUCAAAUAUACAUAGGAUAUUGCAGCGAUUCGAGUCCAGGGCCUCUCCUUCAUUAUCGCCUCAGAUCUCUAUCUCUCGCUCGAUCAUAUUCACCAUCUAUUUUCAGGGUAUCCCAAUUAAAUUGGAAAAGUUGUCCAUCCUAUGUUGACGACUUCUGAACCUCUCUUUAUAUGAAAAGGGCUGCAAGUGCUUGUGACUUCUUAGCAAGUUAGGCAGGUAAGGGAAUUUGCAAGUUCCUAAAGCUUAUUUGCAAGAGAAAUUGUGCACAGCAAUUCAGGAACUUGGAUAAUGGAGGCAACUCUGCAACCAGAGUCUUUGAAACUUACCAUCAAAUUGAAAAGAGACACAAAUGUCAGUGAUACUUCAACUCCAGCCGAUCACCUGAAUAACACUGAAGGAGAACACAAUGCAUCAGAUAGUUCUGAUCCGCCAGGGACCCUGAAUACAUUUUGUGAGGACCAAGUGGACUUUAGUUCUGCACAAGUGGGAGAAAAUCAUGCCACUGUAAAUGAAGGAAAUCAAACUUCUGAAAGUUCUCAAUAUCAAAUGGUGCUAUAUGAUCCUGCAGUCAAUGAUGCUGGUAAUAACGAAAAAUCACUCGACCCCGGUAAUUGUAUGCCUCCUAUACGAAGACCACAUCCAUUUGCAGACCGGACGCCGAGGGUUUUGCCAUCCGUAGGGGCCUUCACUGUUCAAUGUGCCAAUUGUUUCAAAUGGAGGCUCAUUCCAACAAAAGAAAAGUAUGAGGAAAUACGAGAGCAUAUUAUAGCGCAGCCCUUCUUCUGUGAAACAGCUCGUGAGUGGCAUCCGGACAUCUCGUGUGAUGAUCCUCCUGAUAUAACACAAGAUGGCGAUAGACUUUGGGCAAUUGACAAACCUAAUAUUGCUCAACCCCCUCCUGGUUGGCAAAGGCUUUUGAGAAUCAGAGGUGAAGGAGGCACCAGGUUUGCUGAUGUGUACUAUGUUGCACCUUCGGGCAAGAGACUUCGUUCUGUGUUAGACAUUCAAAGGUACCUAGAUAAACAUCCAGAGUACAUGAGUGAAGGGGUCAGUCUUUCGAGGUUUUCCUUCAAAAUCCCUAAACCAUUACAAGAAAACUAUGUCAGAAAACGACCUGCCCCCGCCCGUCCUGCUUUACAAAAUGAUGCUGGUGAUCUUGGAAACCAACGAUAUCUUCCACCAUCAGAAGAUGAUCGAAAUUUCUCUGAACCUGAAUUUGCUCGCUUAACUUGGGUGCGUACAGAUGUAGACACGGACUUACAGCUGAGCAGCCCAGCACUUGCUAAUGAUCAUUUGGAGGCACCGGCUUCAAAUCCUGAAAGCCAAUCGCCAAAGAGGAAGAGGAUAUCGUCUCCAUGGAGGUAUGAUGAUGAUUUCGUUUUUAACCACAAUGAUAUCAAUGUGGAAGAGCCUCACUAGCUUUGUUCUCGUCGUUUUGAUGAUUGAAAACUCGUUGAUCCCGUUUUGCUAGCUCCGCUAUAGUCUAGUUUUGUGUAGCUACUAUAUUUUGAAUGUAUAUACAAGAUAUGCUCAUCAAACUGCAAGAAAAGUUAUGUUUAGACUGCAGAAGGUGACACUAUUGCUAUUUUGCACUUGAUGUAAUUUCCUUUUUUUGUUGAAUAGAAUGCUUCGAUGCUGAAA